AAUUUGUUUUGUUCUGUUUUUUGUUCUGUUUUGUUUUCAGAUAUUUGUUAUUUAAGCUCAUCAUGGCUGACAUGACUGUUAAUGCCUCUGGAUGAUGAGCUCUCUGUGUAGUUUAUCAUAUUUGAUUCGGGUUGGUUGGGUCAUUUCUGGUAGCAGGGCUCUAGACUGCAACCAAUUGGGUCGCAAAUGCAACUAAAUUUUUCAAUGGUGCCACAAAAAAAAUCCUAUGUCGCAGGUCUCCACAACUCUGACAGUCUCCGUGUGAUCAACAACAAAUACACAUUAUGCCCAUAUUGUGGUCUAAACCAAUCUGAGAUAGUCAGGAGCAGGACCUCUCUGAUUGGCUGUGGUCCAGAUAUUCCUGUAGUCCUUCACGUGUACGUUUGAAAGUGCAGGUGGAUAGAGGGAGGUGAGUAGCUUGAAUAAAGUGAUAGCAGGUGAGAGCAGGUAAACGGAUUCCACACAAAGAUGUAAACACAGAGCGCGGACCCGACGCAUCAGAAUCAGCUUUCUCUUUCUCGGCUUUCUCACUCGACGGCCGUAAAUGGACACGCCGUCAGGGCUGAAAGCCGACAGCUCACUGAUUCUGAUGCGUCACUGAUUGUGGGUAGUGAAGUGUUAUUCAAAACUUUGUCGGGACGCAGAGUCCUACAGUUCUUAAGAAAAUUAAUAUUCAAUUAAAAUGUUAAACACUCUUCAGUAAGUGGAUAAUUUAUGUUUUGCUGUUUAAAACUUUCACUUGAUAGAUGAAAUUCAGUAGCCAGGGGCAGGAAAUUCAGCAAAACAUCAGAACAAAGCAGUGACAUUAUAAACUUGUUUAACUAGUCGGACAGUGUGGGCGUGUCAUCCGGGUACAGUGAGCACCUGUAUUCAAAUCAUUAACAUCUAAGAAAUAAACAAGGAAGUGAGCUACAGAAUAAAACACACUGAUGGUGGACACUUGGUGACUGCAGGUUACAAACAUGGAAAGACCAGACUCUCCUGAACAUGAACCUGAGCCCAGUCUCAGCUCUGUAACAAUGAGGAAGAGAACCACUCAACAGGAAGACCGUCCUGACUUUAAAAGCAGGAAAUUGUCUCCUGAUGCAAAGAUCACUGAGGCACCAGAUGCCCCUAAAUCUGAACCUGGACCCAGCUGUGUGUCUUUGAAGAGUGAUCGGUCAAAGUUUUUCAUCUUUGAAUUUAAAGGAACAAAAUCCGCUCCUGCUGAGAAAGCCGAUCAGGAGAGUCUUCAGCAUAACCAGCAGCAUCAAACUGAUCUGGACUCAGUAUUUAAGAUGCUGGAGGAAAACAUUAUCACUUUUGUGAAGAACGAACUAAAGAAGCUGCAGAAUGACCUGAAUCCAGAUUAUUCAGAGUGUCAGAGGGAUGAACAGAAGGUGUUGGACAGUGAGGAAGAGAAGCAGAGAAGGAGCAGCAGAGAGGCAUUUCUGAAACUUGCAGUUAACUUCCUGAGAAUAAUGAAACAGGAGGAGCUGGCUGACUGUCUGCAGAGCAAAAAUCCUGAUCCACUUUGUGAGUAUACAUUUAAAUGUAACCUGAAGAAGAAGUUCCAGUGUGUCUUUGAGGGGACUGCUAAACCAGGAACCCGAACCACUCUAAAUCAGAUCUACACAGAGCUCUACAUCACAGAGGGAGGGACCGGAGAGGUCAACACUGAACAUGAGGUCAGACAGAUUGAAAUGUUUUCCUGGAAACCAAACAGACCAGAAACAACAAUCAGGUGUGAAGAAAUCUUUAAAGCUUCAACUGGAAGAGACAAACCAAUCAGAACAGUUCUGACCAAAGGAGUGGCUGGCAUCGGGAAAACAUUCCUGACACAAAAGUUCACUUUGGACUGGACUGAAGACAAGACCAACCAGGACAUCCAGUUCAUUUUUCCAUUCCCAUUUAGAGAACUGAAUUUACUGAAGGAUAAAAAGUUCAGCUUAGUGGGACUUAUUCAUCACUUCUUCACUGAAAUCAAAGAAGCAGGAAUCUGCAACUUUAAAAAGUUCAAAGUUGUGUUCAUCUUUGAUGGUCUGGAUGAGUGUCGACUUCCUCUGAACUUCCACAUCACUGAGAUCCUCACUGAUGUUACAGAGUCCACAUCAGUGGAUGUGCUGCUGACAAACCUCAUCAGAGGAAAGUUGCUUCCUUCUGCUCACAUCUGGAUAACCACACGACCUGCAGCAGCCAAUCAGAUCCCUGCUGAAUAUAUAGACAUGGUUACAGAGAUCAGAGGGUUCACUGACCCACAGAAGGAAGAGUACUUCAGGAAGAGACUCAGAGACAAGGAAGAGGCCAACAACAUAAGCUCUCAUAUCAAGACAUCACGAAGCCUCCACAUCAUGUGUCACAUCCCAAUCUUCUGCUGGAUCACUGCUACAGUUCUAGAGAGUUUGUUAAAAACCAAACCGGCUGGAGGGAAGCUGCCCAAGACACUGACUGAGAUGUACAUUCACUUCCUGGUGGUUCAGACCAAAGUGAAGAACAUCAAGUAUGAUGGAGGAGCUGAGACAGAUCCUCUCUGGAGUCCAGAGAGCAGGAAGAUGAUUGAAGCACUGGGGAAACUGGCUUUUCAGCAGCUGCAGAAAGGAAACCUGAUCUUCUAUGAAUCAGACCUGACAGAGUGUGGCAUUAAUAUCAGAGAGGCCUCGGAGUACUCAGGAGUGUUCACACAGAUCUUUAAAGGGGAGGGAGGACUGUACCAAGAGAAGGUGUACUGUUUUGUCCAUCUGAGCAUUCAGGAAUUUUUAGCUGCUCUUCACGUUCAUCUGACAUUCACCAACUCUGGUAUCAACCUGCUGGAAGAAGAAGAAACAGCCUCAGUGCAGACUGGAGAGUCUUUAGUACAAUAUUUCUACCAGAGUGCUGUGGACAAGGCCUUGAAGAGUCCAAAUGGACAUCUGGACUUGUUUCUUCGCUUCUUCCUGGGUCUUUCAAUACCAGCCAAUUGGGAUCACCUACAAGGCCUGCAGGCCAUCAGCUCACAGAUAAAUCAGGAAACAGUCAAAUACAUUAAAGAAAAAAUGAAUGGCACUCUCUCUCCAGAGAAAAGCAUCAAUCUUCUCCACUGUUUGAAUGAAUUGAAUGAUGACUCUGUAGUGAAGGAGAUCCAGAAUCACCUGGGUUCAGGACAUCUGUCUAAAGUUAAUCUCUCUCCUGCUCAGUGGUCAGCUCUGGUCUUCAUCCUACUGUCAUCAGAAACAGGUGUGGAUGUGUUUGACUUGAGGAAAUACUCAGCUGCAGAAGAGGCUCUUCUGCAGCUUCUGCCAGUGGUCAAAGCCUGUAAGAAAGCCCAGUUGAGUGGCUGUAAACUCACAGAGAGAAGCUGUGAGGCUCUUUCCUCAAUUCUAAGUUCCCAGUCCUCCAGACUGAGAGAGCUGGACAUGAGUAACAACAACCUACAGGACUCAGGAGUGAAGCUGCUUUGUGUUGGACUUGGGAGUCCACACUGUAUGCUAGAAACUCUCAGGUUGUCAGGCUGUCAGAUCACAGGAACAGGCUUCACCUCUCUGGCCACAGCUCUGCGCUCCAAUCCCUCCUAUUUGAAAGAGCUGGACUUGAGCUAUAAUCACCCAGGAGACUCCGGAAUGAAGCUUUUGUCUGAUCAAAAGGAGGAUCCACAUGUGAAACUGGACAUACUCUGGUAGGAAAAGAGGAAAUAAAGCUA